CAGGGAUCAUUCGUUGAAGUAAAUUCCUACGAAGUUAACGAUGCCUGAUCCAGUGAAAGCACCGAAGAAGGGCUCAAAGAAAGCCGUCUCUAAGAGCGUCACCAAGACCGGCAAGAAGAAGAGAAAGACCAGGAAGGAGAGCUACGCCAUCUACGUGUACAAGGUGCUGAAGCAGGUCCACCCCGACACCGGCAUCUCCUCCAAGGCCAUGCUGAUCAUGAACUCCUUUGUGAGCGACAUCUUCGAGCGCAUCGCCGGUGAGUCCUCCCGCCUGGCUCACUACAACAAGCGCUCCACCAUCACCUCCAGGGAGAUCCAGACCGCCGUCCGCCUGCUGCUGCCCGGGGAGCUGGCCAAGCACGCCGUAUCUGAGGGCACCAAGGCCGUCACCAAGUACACCAGCUCCAAGUAAACCCGCUGUUCAUCCCAACAACACAAAGGCCCUUUUCAGGGCCGCCCACUGCCUCAACUAAGAGCUGAUUUCCUGCUAAAUGUUACUUAACUCAGUUUUCACUUUAUACAACUUAAUAUCAUGUCUUUUAUAUACCAGCAUUAUUUAUGAAAAGUAAUGUUUGUUCAUAUUGCAUAACUGAAAGUUUACAGAAACAGACAUGGUGUAAUUAUAACAGUAAAGAUAACAUGAGCUGACAACUAACUUAUACACUACUUAUUCUGACAUAACUUUUAUCAGUUGUAGGUACUUAUCUCGGAUUUGUAUUAAAGAAAUGUAAUGAGUCGUCGUAGAUCUUCUACAGGUGUAUGAAUGUGGUAAGUGUCACAUCUUGAAGCUCAGGCUCAACCCCCCCAGUCGCGUGACAGGUGGAGAUGUUGUCCACUAUACUAAGGAGGAGAGGUGUGAAAUGUCAUGUGAGCACAUCCAACCAAUGACUGUUGUGUUGUACAUGUCAGAUAAUAACAUUGCUAUGGUUUUUAAGUUGUAUCUCAGGUGCUCUUUAUUCAUAACUCACACAAGUUCAAGUUUCAACAAGUUCAAUACAAAAGCACAACAUAGAUACCUUAGUAAAUAUCAUACAUGAAUAUUAUAGAUAAUACAAAGCACAAUACAAAAGUGUUUGCUAAUGUGGGGAGCCAAGCAAUAAAGUGCAAAGAGAGAUAAGAACUUAGUCCAGUAUGUUCCAGGGAAGUAAUAGUCUUUUAUCAAUAGUUCUCCUUCUCCGGAGGUCACCCAGUACAUGUUUCACAACCAUGUCGCUGUCAAUGACAGUCUUAUUUAAAACCAUGGUACAUCUGGUUCUCCAAAGUUUCACGCACACAUUACAGACACUGAGCUGGAACAAUUAUUUUUGUUUCGGAGGCAUUUUCUCUUGAAGGAGUCCAUACAUGAUGGAGUUGUAGUGUAGUAGACAUCCUGUUCACUACUCAGACUGUAUAUGGGCCUGCGUGAAGGAGAGCCCAACUUCAUCUGAAGUCCUGCACAUAUAAACUUUGCAACUUAUACUCACACUACUAUCCUGCUGUUAACCAUAUUGGCUUUAUAUAUUAUAUCACAUCAUUCCCAUACUGUUCCUAUACCUAUAUAUACAUGUUAUAAUAAGUAUUGGACAUCUGGGACAGAACAUGAGGGCUUGACUUCAUUUUGUGCAACAACAGAGUAUUUUAUUACAAUGUAAAAUAUAUUACCUGUAUCACAAACAGGAAGCCUACAGAGAGAGAGGUUUCCACACAAACUGAAGCUGAUUACAGAGAGAUGUCAUCAUCACUGUGUGUAGCAGAAGGCAGAAACAUUCAUUAUUAUUAUCUACAAUAACAGGAUUACAAAAUACUAGUUAGUACAAUUGGUUCCUAUUGUGUGUUGUAAUUAUAUUUGUCUUAUUAUUUUGUUUUGCUAUACAGAAUAUAAAGCCAGCAGGUGUGUUAUUGGAUUAUAUCAAUAAAUCGGAAAGUGGAUUUUGAACCUGAGUUUGAUCAUUAUUACUUGUUGCUGAGCUUGUCUGCCAUCAAGUUGCUAAAGAGACAGCUCUCCCUAAGGCCGACCCAAGAAAACCCAGAUCUCAAGAAACAAGAUAACAGAUCUGUUGACAUAUAAAGUCAUUGUCAUAUUUCCUUUGUGACACAGUAAGAUAUUAAUGUUCCAUAAAUACAAAUUCCUCUAUAUUAUAUUUAAAAUGGACUGCAUGUAGUGACUGAUGUUAAAACGCCUCUGAGGGGAGCAUCAGCUGAAGUUAUUUCACAGGUAAAGAGGAAGAGUCUGGAAAACACGUCUGCCUCUGUAGCAUUUCUUUUUCAUUUAUAUCAAAGCAAAGUGCUUUGUCCAGGAGUGACCUUUCGACUUUUGUUGUUAUUUGAAGAAGUAAAUGGACUCCCUAUCUUUCCUCUUGUUGGACACUGUAAUAUACAGAUAGAUUUCAGUCAAUGAUAAAUCAUAAUUAUUGAAUAAUAAUUUAACUAUGAAAUACAUAACAUGGGUUAAAACCUCAAGUUAAAACCAUACUAAUGCUAUUUACAAAUUAUUUAUUUUUGUUUUAAAGUUAUACCAAAAUAGAGGCAUCAGACGAGGUUUGUUUUAUGAACACCAACAUUGAUUCCACUGAAAAUAUUUAGAUUGUAUUUAGUUCAAUAAUGUUUAAAGAUUUUACCGCUACUAAGAAUUUACAUUCUGAUGUCUAAAGCAGAUUUGUAGUCGUUUCAUAAAUUCCUCACAAUGUAUUCAGCAGCUCGGCCAAGGCUGUAAACUGAGGAGUAUCUUUAAAAGUCAUGCAACCCCACAAUAUAUUCGAAAACAACUCAAAGUCUAUAAAAUCACAUUAAUUUUUAAUAUUGUUCCAUGUUUAAUUAGAUCACACAUAGUUAAGUUUAAUGAGUCUAAAAAUAUAUCUGCCUUUAGAGAAACCCAUUAUGUGUAACUAUAAAUAAAACCCUCGGGUCUGUAAAGUACCAAAUAAAAUACAAAGCAGAUGAUAAAACCUCUGUGUCCUCAGUGAUAGCUAAAGGACCUGAGUUCAGCUGAGAAGAAUUACUUAGAACAUAUUUUAAAUCACGUUUAAAUAUACAAUACUAUAUAAUGUAUUAUAAUAUAUGUAUUGACUCCUGGGACUGAGGAUCAAAUCAUGUAACAGACAGAAAGCAGGUCUGAACACAAACUGAAGCUGAUUAAAGUGAUUUCAGUAAGUCAGGUCUCUGUACAGCAGAAGCAAUAUUUACUUUCUGCUGUAAGUCCCGUCAUGUUAAACACUUAGUGGAGACGGGAAGUCUCUUCCAGCGGAUCCAUCUGUGACAGGAGUAACCGCCCCGAGCCACCUACAGCAACCGUGUGUUUACGUCCACAGAAAACCUCUCAGAUUGAAACGAAAUAAAUCGCCUUAGUGCAGCGAUUUCAGUUUUAUUCUAUCCUCACACGUCUCUGCUUGGUGGAAAACCACAGUCCCAUUUAAUACAUCUGACUUUUAGCCAUUUUUAGAGACGAAAUGUGAAGAAAACUCGCAGCGAGCUGUACAAAGUGACGGUGUAUUAGAGAGGUUUGAAGCCUCCUGGAGUUAAAUAAAGGAGUCCUCGUCGCCAAACGCGACCUCAGUGUGAAGGGAAGAGCGAUCUCUCACUGAUACAAUAACAAGUGUUGUCUAAAACGUUUGUCUUGUGCGGAUUUUAUCCCCAAAAUGUGGAAGAGAAAACACAAGUGUCGCCACAUUUCAGCAGGCGGCCGAGCGGCUGAGCGCGUUGCCUCUCCACGGUUCUCAUGUGCUUUAUAAGUCCCGCCUCCUGCUCUGAGCUCGGACACGUUCAGACGAACACAGCAGAGCGCAGACACGCAGAGAUGGCAGAAGAAGUUCCAGCAGCGGCCCCGGUGAAAGCCCCGGCGAAAGCCCCGAAGAAGAAGGCGGCUCCCCGCCCCAAGAAGGAUGGCCCCACCCUCCCGAAGCUGAUCCUCAGCGCCGUGGCUGAGUCCAAGGAGCGCAAGGGGAUGUCGCUGGCGGCCAUCAAGAAGGUCCUGGCCGCCAAAGGCGUCGAUGUGACCAAGUCCAACAAGCGCAUCAACACCGCCGUGACCAAACUGGUGACCGGAGGAACCCUGAGCCAGACCAAAGGGAUCGGGGCGUCCGGCUCCUUCAAGCUCGCCAAGAAGGAGCCCAAAGCCGCCAAACCUGCCAAGAAGGUGGCGGAGAAGAAGAAGGCUCCCGUCAAAGCCAAGAAGCCCGCAGCCAAGAAAACCGCGGCCAAGAAGCCGGCAGCCAAGAAGCCAGCAGCCAAGAAAGCAGCAGCAGCGGCAGCCAAGAAGUCCCCGAAGAAGGCAGCGGUGAAGAAAGCCGUCAAGAAGCCGGCAGCGAAGAAGACUCCCAAGAAGACCCCCGUCAAAAAGGCCAAGCCCGCUGCCAAGAAGCCCGCUGCCAAGAAAGCUCCCGUAAAGAAAGCCGCAGCCAAGAAGUCCAAGAAGUGAAGCGGCUCCGGCUCAUCCAGCACUCAGUGCACCAAAGGUUCUUUUAAGAGCCACCACAGCUUCCACUAAAGAGCUGCUCCUGCAUCAUGUCCGUCUUCAGCUGCCAUGUUCCACCAUGAUUAUGGUGGACACAAA